ACCAGUCCACCACGGUCCACGGCACCCCACGCCAGUCCCCAUUCGUUCAGCCUGCUCGCCUCGUGCCCGCCGACAAAACCCUAGCCGGGAUCCGCCGCCAUGGACGCCGCCGGAGGGGGAGGAGAAGAAGUAUUUGUCACCUACGCCCAAAUCGGGGCGUACUUCAGCCUUCUGGCACUGGAGGGGCCGUCCGCGCAGGAUCGCAUCGAUCGCAUCGUCCCCUACCUCAUCUCCCUCCUGCCCCCACCCUUCGUCCCCGCGCCCGACGCCGACGCCGACGAGUCCUCCGACUCCGACGACGACCACUUCUCCCUCACCUCCUCCGAUGACGACAUCGCCGCCCCCGCCGACGGGCCCGCUGUCGAUCCGGCGGCACAGGAUGGUGACGGCCAGGACCACAUCAGCCGUCUCCCGGACGACCUGCUCUCCAACAUCGUCUCCUGCCUCCCCACCAACGAAGCCGCGCGCACCAUGGUCCUCUCGACCCGCUGGCGCUCCGUCUGGGCGGCGACCCCGCUCCUCGUCGACGACACCCACCUCAGGGCCGCCGACAGGCACGCCGUGCGUGCCCUCUCGCGCUGCGUGGCCGCUCACCCCGGCCCCGUCCGUGCCGUGCGCGUCACCCACACCUCCUUCCACCGGCAGGAGUACGCGCUCGAGCGCCUGGUCGCCAGCCUCGCCGCCAAGAACGUCCAGGACCUCAUCCUCUUCAACCGACCCUGGCCGCUCGACAUGCCGCUCCCCGACGACAUCCUCAGCUGUGGCUCUCUCACCCGCCUCUACAUCGGCUUCUGGCGCUUCCCAGACACUGCCGCCCACCAGCCCGCAUUUCCCAACCUCCAUGAGCUCGGCCUUUUUCACUCCAUCAUCGAGGACAGGGAUGUCGAUGCCUUGCUCGCGCACUGCUCCAAGCUGAGAAUCCUCUCCUUUGCCAUGGCGUACAGCUGCGGUUCACGCCUCCGUAUCAGGUCCAGCAGCCUCCGCGUCAUGAUGGAAUGGAGAUGCGGUUUCAAUGAAAUCAUCGUCGAGGAUGCACCUUGCCUGGAGCGCCUGCUCUUCCAUAGCAUUUCCGAUCGGAGGCCCGUUAGGAUUGUCAACGCACCUAGGCUGGAGGUGCUCGGCUUCUUGGACCUCCAGAUCCACGCGCUCGAGAUUGGUGGCAUUGUCAUCAGGGCUGGUAUGAAUGUGAGAGCUAGGGCCAUGCUGCCAAGUUUGAAGAUGCUGGCUGUCAAGGUGCGGUUUUCGCACGACAUGGAGGUCAAGAUGCUGGACACUCUGCUCAGAUGCUUUCCUCGCCUCGAGACGCUUCACGUCAUGUCCAUUCGACCCAGUUCACCUGAUAGUGUCGGUUGUGCUGAGUUCUGGAAGUCCCUGGGCUCUUGCGAUUGCCUUGAAUCUCAUCUGAAGACAUUCGUCUUCCAUAGAUACCAGGGUCUGGACUGUGAGUACUUGUUUCUUUGUUAUAUCUUGAAGAAGGCGAAGGUGCUUAAGACGCUGGGCAUCGAUUGUGCUGACAGUGAUGAUGUGGUAGUGGAGGGAGGCCCUAUGUCAGGUUCUGCUGGCGAGGGCAAUGUGUCAUCAGGUGGAAGUAGUGGCAGUGAUGGUGUGGUAAUGGAGGAAGGUCCGGUGUCAGGAUCCGUUGGUGAGGGCAAUGCGCCAUCAGGUGGAAGCAGUGGCAGUAAUAUUAUUUAUGUUUACGUUGCCUCCCCUUGCUGGACCUUUCAGAACGCCAUUGACUUGUCAGUGGAGGAUCCCUUCUGUGUGUUGAGGCAUGACAAGUGCUGGAUCGCUUCUCGAGUUAUGGCAUGAGAGGUUUUAGUUUUUGAUCAUGGUACUGAUGCUGGUGCUAUUUCACAUCGACAUGUUUACUUUGAGCUGCUAAGGGUGUGGUACUAGUUUACUUAUUAGUUCUUCAUAAUUUUGCGGUGAACUGAGAAGGUAAGAAUGAGGCCAUGAAGGUCUGGUAACUAGUUUUACUAGUCUGUUGCACUCCUUUUUGAGUUCUCUACCGGGAAGACUGAGAUGUGGAAGUACCCUGGCUGAAUAUUGUUUUUGGCCUUUUUGGCCUUUUUGGCUUGUAAAAGUACCCUGCUAUCAGAUGCACAGUCAGACUAAUAUGAUUCUGAGAUGUGGAAUGCAAUGCAUUUUACUGA